AUGUCAUUGGUCCAGGUGGCAUAUGCGCAGGUAAAAGGCCAAACAGUUUCCAAGCACGUGUUUCAAGCCAACGAGACGAGCAUGGGCGUCAUCACAGACAUGAGCGGAUGCCGACUCUCAGGUUCUGUUUACAUGAUCAAUACCACCAUUAGCGACCCAGACGUCUGCGCUACCGUCACGUGCGACGUGAAUGGCCUCGCCACUGCGGUCAGCGAAUGUGCACCGAUGCACCACUGCCAAGGCAACGGCAGCUGCGCCUUUGACGCCAUGUGCACUUUGACCGCCUCCACGGUCAUCGAUUUUGUCGGCCGCGUUCACACUGUGACUGACCGAUGCGGAUACACUCUGAUGAAGUCUGAGGCCGUCCCAAACGUCCGGAUCCAGGGCGUAUUCAAGGAGCGGCGCCGCAAGGACGUCAGCUUCUUGGACCAUGUGAUCGUGCACCUGGACAAGCAAGAUGUUAAGAUGAAGCUACUACAAGGUGGCCGAGUGGAGAUAAAUGACAUUUCCCAAGCCCUCGACACCACAGCUACAGUUGUCCACGGAGUGGAACUUACCAAGGACCAGAGCGGAGUGACUGCUAAAAUAUCGCAGUCCAACUACACAGUUACAGUCUUCUUUGAUGGCAACACGGUGCAGAUCCACCUGAAGGGUGAAAGUGCAGCUGCCGUGCAUGGAUUAUGUGGAAAUUCCUCCGUGGAUUUGAGUGAGGAGAGAGUCUCAGAACACAGCAUUGCUGGGUGUGAGAUGCAACAUGAAGAAGCUAAGGAUGAAAUGAUCAACUGCAACGCUUCGACUGAGUGGUGUCAACUCAUGUGGCAGGAUCCGUUCACUCGGUGCCACAUGCAAAUCGACCCUGAGCCCUUCGUUUCGGCCUGCAUCAGCAAUUUGUGCCAGUCCCCCGCAGUGGAUGGCCUCAAAUGCCACUUGAUGGAGGCCUAUGCCAGAGCCUGUCGCCAGCAAAACAACAUCACAGUGGAGGACUGGAGGUCGACGGCUGGAUGCGCUGCCGGUCCUGAGGCCAUGUGCCGGGACAAGUUCUGCAGCGAUCACGAGUUCUGCGGCGUGAGCUAUGACGGAAAAGCUCAUUGUCUUUGCCGGGCUCUUUUUGCCUCAGACUACAGAUCCAAAGACAAGUUUGGUGAGCCGGCAGUUUGCAGCCACACAUCUGCUUCGGUGACCAUGUACUGUUGCCUCCUGUUGGAGAAGGGCAUCGACUACACAAGGCUACACCUCAACGACGAGAGCUGCAAAGCUGACAUUGACGAUAAGACCCACAUGGUGUCGUUUAACUUUGAUAGGGACCACACAUGUGGAGCAAUCAUCAAGGCAAACUCGAGCAAAAUAACCUACAAAAAUGUCAUCAUGACACCCAACAUCUCCAGUGUAGUGACACGUUACAGUAACGUGCAGAUGGAUUUCUCCUGCCAUUUUGACCAACCAGACCCAGAGGGCCUGGCCAUCAAAAUCAAAGACAGCCCAGUGAUUAAACACCUCAGUUCGGGCGAGUGGGAUUACAUCCUGACCCUGACUGCGUACAUCGAUCCCGGAAGAACACAACCCAUAGAGUCGAGUACCGGAGUUCUGCUCAAUGAGAAAAUCUGGGUGGAGAUCAAGGCGUAUGGAUUGGAGGGAAACGACCUCUCUAUAGUGACCGAAUCCUGCUGGGCUACAGAUCAAUUGUCUUCAAAUGGGAGCAUUCGUUACGAUCUCAUCACUGCAGGAUGUCCUAAUCCUGCCGACUCGACGGUGGACAUUGAAGGCAACGGGCAGGGAACGUCCAACUACUUCUCCUUCAACAUGUUCAGAUUCUUGGGCAGAGACAGCGAAAUCUUCCUGCACUGCAGAGUAGACCUGUGUGUGCAACAGGGAGACUCGUGCAUCCAGGUGUGCGACCAGGCAGCAAGGAGGCGCAGAUCUCUCCCGACCAUCGAUGCCAAAGGAGAUCCAUCCAUAGUUACCAUGGCUUGGGCAUAAUCAGGCAAAGUCACACCCCCACCAACUUCAUCCUCCUCUUGCUGGCAAUCUCUGAUUUCCCUGUGAGCUUCCUGCUGUUCUGCCAGAGUUUCUCUAACUGCUACGUUGCAAUUUGCGACCCUCUGCGCUACUCCACCAAAGUCACCCCUCAAAGGACCCGGUUGUGCGUUUGUUUGUGCUGGCUGUGCUCCCUCAAUUUUCUCACGUUGAUGCUUCGGGACAAACUCUUGGAAGGGGAAUUAAGCAUUUUUAUUACCGCAUAUUAUU